AUAGGGGAUGAUUGACGUAGUUGUGGAGCAGAGUCCCAAGGGACGCCCGUCGGCAUGACAACGCAAGGGCUCCGACGCGCCGAAGUGUCAGCAGAUGCAAAGCCCACGAAAACGGAAUAAUUCAGUGAAAGCAGACACGUUUCGAGCGAAUGGUAGUGGGCGACGAUGCCGACGUCUGUCAGUCUACAUCGUCUACCAUCAGGUGCCCAAGUGAAGGAACCGUAACAAACAGCGGAAGGACGGAACCGCGUCGUCGUCGUCGCCAGUUCGCAGUAGAACCCGCACCUGAACGGUGCCCACUCCGAUGAUCGCCGUAGAUUCAUCACGAUCAGUUAGCGGAUAAUCAGCGAUGUGAAAAUGAGCGUCGUGGACGCCAAUGGGGAUGGUCUCACAUCGCCCGGUUACUACGGGCGCAGUGGCGUGCUCGAGACGCACGUGCGAGGCCAGUGGUACCGCGUGUUCGUCACCAUCGAGGACGAUUUCCUGUGCAUCACAUUGGACGAGUCGUACGAAAACACCACCACCUUGAAUGGCACCCUGAACAACAACAUCGAGACGCCGAGCGGCUUGUGCGAGACACCAGACGUGCCCGACUCGGUCGCCAACCAGAAGCGCUCGGUCCGAGUGAUCAAGUCCGAAAACAAUGGCCUGGGCAUCUCGAUCAAGGGCGGCCGCGAGAACAAAAUGCCCAUCCUGAUCAGCAAGAUCUUCAAGGGAAUGGCGGCCGAUCAGACUGAGCAGCUCUAUGUGGGCGAUGCGAUCCUGUCGGUCAAUGGGGAGGAUCUACGCGAGGCCACCCAUGAUGAGGCUGUCAAGGCGCUCAAGAAGGCCGGCAAGUUUGUCGAGCUGGAAG